AUGUCCUCCCCUAAAUACCAAAAGCUCCUCAACAAACAUGUCCUCGUCAUCGGCGGCACCUCUGGUAUGGGCUACGCUGUCGCCGAAGCGAGUCUAGCCUCAGGCGCACACGUCACCAUCUCCUCCUCCAACCAAGGCCGCAUUGACGACCGCGUCAAGCGUCUACAAUCCGCCUACCCAAACGCCCGCAUCAAUGGCGUCGUCUGCGAUCUCGCCCACGACACCCUCAAAGCCGACCUCAUCAAACUAUUCGAGAAAGUCGGCAAACUCGACCAUAUCGUCUUCACAGCCACCGAGCCCCCAAAGCUGAUUCCCUACGAGGACAUCACGCUCGAGUACUGGCGCGCCGCGGGGCAGAUGCGUCUCUUCGCACCGUUCUUUGUCGCGCAUAUCGGUGCGAAGUAUCUGACACCGAGCCCCGAGUCGUCCAUCGUGCUCACGACGGGUACCUCGUCGGAGAAGCCCAUUGCCGGAUGGCCGGUCGUUGCGUCGUACGCGGCUAGUCUGAAGGGAUUGACCAGGAAUCUAGCGUUGGAUUUGAAGCCCAUCCGUGUGAAUAUCGUCAGUCCUGGUUUUGUGGAUACCGAGUUGUGGGAUCAUCAGGCUCCUGAGGCCAGGGAUGGGCUUUUUGAUUGGAUUAAAGGUAGCGUGCCGUUGCAGAAGGUCGGCACGCCGGAGGAGGUGGCGGAGGCGUUUUUGUGGUUGAUGAAGGAUACUAAUGUUACGGGGAGUGUGGCGGAGACGAAUGCGGGUAUGAAGUUGUAG